AUGGACUUUGAAAAUGAUCAAUUAUAUAAUUGGUUACAAUUAGCAAAUUUAGAAUCUUUUUAUCCAAAUUUUAUUAAAAAGAAUGUUUCAUGUGAUUCGUUUUUGUCAUUCACAAUGCAAGAUUAUGGUAAUGUUGGUAUUACAUCACUUCAAGAUAGAAAAAAACUAUUUCAUUUACUUCAACAAUUAAAAAAACAAACUCCACCAAUAUCAAAUACAUCAUCACCUGUAAUAAAUAGUAAUAAUAAUAACAAUAACAAUAACAAUAAUAAUAAUAAUAAUAAUAAUAAUAAUAAUAAUAAUAAUAAUAAUAAUAAUAAUAAUAAUAAUAAUAAUAAUAAUAAUAAUAAUAGUAGUGGAUUAAGACAACCAACUUCCACUUCAUCUUUAUUAUCAAAUAAUAAUUUAAUGUCAACUCAAACUCAACAGUCAUCAUCUUCAUCAUCAUCAUCAUCACUCUCAUCAAAGAGUAAUAGUAAUUCAGAUUUUAUGCAGAAAGCUCAACAAUUAUUAAAGCAAAGAGAAUUGGAAAGACAACAAUAUGCAAAACAACAACAGCAACAACAAUCAACUCAAACUAAAUAUCAAUCUAGUUUAAAAGAUUUUGAUAUAACAAGUUCAAAUAAAAAUAAUAAUUUAGAUGAUUUCUUUGAAGAUGAUAAUUUAUAUAGUCAACAACAACAACAACAGCAACAGCAACAACAACAACAAGAUUUUGAAUUUGAGGAGGAAGAAGAGGAGGAAGAUCAACAACAACAAUAUGACGAAGAAGAAGAAGAAGAAGAAGAAUAUGAAGAAGAUUUUUAUAAAGAGGAUUUAGGUGAAAUUGAUGAUGGUAAUGUUUUAGAUAUAUCAGAUGAUGAACCUGAUCCAAAUAGUAGUUGUAUCAUUGUCGAAGGUUCACCUGAUGAAGAAGAUGAUGAUGUUGAAUAUAUUCCACAAAAUGAAAGUUUAGUAAAUGGUUUUGGUUCAAUGAAAAUUCAACAACAACAACAACAACAAUUCCAACCAUUACAACAACAACAACAACAACAACAACAACAACAACAACAAUUUUAUCAACAACAAAUACAACAACAACAACAACAACAACAACAACAACAACAACAACAAGUUCAACAACAACAACAACAAUUUAAUAAUUUUAAUUAUAGUGGAUUAAAUGAAGAACAAAUUAAAUAUUAUCAACAACAAGCACAAUAUCAACAACAGGUUCAACAAGCACAACAAGCAGCAAUUCAACAAGCACAACAAGCAGCAGCCUUAGCUCAAGCAUCACAACAACAACUUCAACAACAAGAACAACAAAGACAACAAGCUUCAAAUUUCUUUUUAGAUAUGAAUGAAUAUGGUCAACGUAUUCGUGUUUGUGUUAGAAAAAGACCAUUAAAUAAAAAAGAAAUUGCAAAAUCUGAAAAAGAUAUUAUUGAAGUUUUACCAAAAAAAGAUUUAAUUGUAAAUGAACCAAAAACAAAAUUAGAUUUAAGUAAAUUUAUUGAAAAACAUAAGUUUACAUUUGAUGGUGUAUUUGAUGAAAGUGCAAAUAAUUAUCAAGUUUAUUUACAUACAGCAUAUCCAUUAGUUGAUUCAAUUUUUCAUAAAGGUAAAGCAACAUGUUUUGCAUAUGGUCAAACUGGUUCAGGUAAAACUCAUACUCAAAUGGGUCAACAAGGUGAUGGUUUAUAUGCAUUGGCAGCACGUGAUAUAUUUCAUCGUCUUGAAACUUAUUUUAAAGAUCAACUUCAAGUUUGUAUUAGUUUCUUUGAAAUCUAUGGUGGUAAAUUAUUUGAUCUAUUAAAUGAAAGAAAGAAAUUGGCAUGCAGAGAGAAUGAACUUCAAAAUGUAGUCAUUGUUGGUCUUAGUGAAAAACAUGUUACCUCUCCACAGGAGCUAAUGAAUUGCAUCAUAGAUGGCAAUAAAAUUAGAUCGACAGGUUCAACUGGUGUAAACUCUGAUAGUUCACGUUCACAUGCUAUCCUUCAAAUUAGUUUAAAAAAUAUUAAAACCAAUAAACUUCAUGGUAAAUUUAGUUUUAUAGAUUUGGCAGGUAGUGAAAGAGGUUCCGAUACCUAUGAUAAUGAUAAACAAACUAGAAAAGAAGGUGCUGAUAUCAAUAAAAGUUUAUUGGCUCUUAAAGAAUGUAUUAGAGCUUUAGAUCAAUCUUCAAAACAUACUCCAUUUCGUCAAAGUACUCUAACUCAAGUUUUAAAAGAUUCUUUUGUUGGUAAUUCUAGAACCGUUAUGAUUGCAAAUAUCUCUCCAAAUCAAUCAUCCUCUGAACAUACUUUAAAUACUCUAAGAUAUGCUGAUCGUGUUAAAGAAUUGGGUACUUCUGAAUCAAAUUCAAAUAAAAAACCAGUUGCAACUUAUAAUAUUCCUGCUCCUUUACCACCACCUGAUCAUUUGAAACAAAAUUUUAAUGAUCCAAUUUUAAUACCUUCAACAACAACAACAACAACAACAACAGCAACAGCAAUUAAUUCUCAACAACCAAUAAUUCAACAAACUUCACAACCAGUUUCAAAAAUUAAACAACCAGUUAAACAACAACAAGAAUCACAAAUUCCACAAACUCCACAACAACAACAACAACAACAACCACCACAACAACAACCACAACAACAACAAUAUAAUAUACCACAAACUCCACAACAAACUCAACAACAAUUUAAUAUACCACAAACACCAAAACAACAACAACCAAUUCAAACUCAACCACCAAUGUCACCACCAAAAAUUGAUUUUGUAAAUUAUCAUAGAAAUCAUGUCGAUCAAUUUGCUGAUAUUUUAAAGAAAGAAUUAAUUUCUAUAAAUCAAUUUGAAUCUUCAAAAGGUUCUAUUCCAUUGGAAAAUUAUAUUAAUAAUAUUGAACAAUUUUUAGAUUCAAAACAAUUACUAAUUAAUCAUUUAAGAGGUAUAAUACAGCAACAUCAACAACAACCAAUUCAACAACAACAACAACAACAACAACCAAUUCAACAACAACAACAAUCAACUCCUCAACCUUCUCAAUUACAAACUCCACAACAAAGAGAAAGAGCAAGAAGUCAAUUACAACCUCCUAAACCUUCAAUUUAUAGUUCAAGAAAUUAA